UCCAAAAGCCCUCCAAGCCCGCCCGCAGCCUCACUCUCCGCCAUUUCACCCAGAGCCUUCUUUGCUCACCCUUCACACGCUCUUUCCUCCAUCUCCUCUUCUCCUCUUUCUUCCUACCUGCAGCCACCCCUCAGCUCUCAUCUCUCACUAAGCUCGACCUUCCUGUCGCUCAGCUCCACCGCGGCCCCCAUUGCCCUUCUCCUGUUGCCGACUCAAUCGCGUGCUGUCGCCCGUGUCCAUACCUAACUCACCUACCCCCUUCUUGACUACUGACAAGCAGUGACAAUGGGUCUUAACUACCUCGCCUCUUCACCUACCGUCGUCCUCCCGCCCCAGCAGCCAUCCCAAUUCUUUGCCGACUUCAAACCUGCCCAUCAUCAGCCGCUACCUUCGUCAAGUAUGGGCAAGUUCAGGGCCAAGUAUCCAACUCCGCCUUCGCUCAACUACCUCGCCGCCGUCUCCAAUUCCUCGGCAGGACGCAAGCGGUCUAUCGCCGACGUCGACGACCCGGAAGAGAACUCCCCAGAUGGUGCCGUCCAACGCCAGCUGCCUGUCAAGCCCAAGGCUGAGCCCGUCUACGGUCCUGGCAUGACGCUGAUCUAUCCCGACGAACCUGAGCGUACUAUCGCUGCCGAAUCGCAAACCGGCACCUGGUUCGAAAAUAAGCUCGACACGGAGAAAGCACCCGCCGUGAGGCCCAUCGCCAUGUCGCGCAAGUCUCAGCGUCUUGAUUCCGCCAUCGCCAUGUCCGCUUCGCCUACGCGACAUCCAGCCGAUAACAUCAUCGACGAGAAAGGCAACACGGUUGAUGCCCUCAUCACGUCGCUCGGCAUCGGCUGGAAGAACAUCAUGACCAACGACAUGCUCCGCGACGCGUCGCGCGCCUACUCGAGAGUCAUCGAGAACCACUUCAACCUCACCGAGCCUCUCAUCAUGCUCCAGAGCGAGGCACUGUCGGCGUACCUAGUACGCGCAAAGGAGUGUGGCGUCCAGGGCUACUGGCUCUUUGACGACAGUCUUCAAUGGUGCCAGCGCGUUGGAUGGUCCCUGCAGAGAACCGCUAGCAAUCUCAUGGCGGGACCAAUUCCUGCUGUCGAAGGCGAGCGCAUCGUAUCGCGCCCGCGCACUCCUCGGUGUGUUGUUGCCGAAUCAUCGCAGGUCAUGGACAUGACAGCUCCCCAAGACAUCCCAGCGAUGGAGGACGUCGUUAUGGAGAUGUAGCUCUUGCCAUCGCGUCCAUUCAAUCAACGCACACGGGACAUCUAGUUCAUCUACAGCAACUAUUUCUCGGAAUCUACGCCAUCGUCUAUCUCGCUUUCCUUAUCGACGUGCUCUCGGAUUCUAUCUGCGUAUCAUCACUGGGCUUUCUGGAUCGGCGUUUGGGGUUGGACUGCUUGCCGUCUUGCUGGGUUGGAGGCGCGGUUUACUGAAUUAUGCCUUGUAUAUUAGUCUAUGCUCGUGAUCGGCUUUGACUGCUCUAUGUGCCCAAACUAGGCCGUCUUCCGGAAACAAAGUAGUCUGACAAUAAGAAU